ACCUGAGAGAGCUGGAUCUGAGCUACAAUCACCCAGGACCAUCAGGUGACCAGCUGCUCAAACACAAACUGGAGGAUCCAAACUAUAAACUGCAGAUACUCAAUUUUGACCAUGGAGACCCUUUGAGAAUCAUACCAGGACUGAGAAAAUAUGCAUGUUAUCUCACACUGGAUCCAAACACAGCACACACUCAACUCAUCUUGUCUGAAGACUACAGAAAGGCAACACACGUCGAAGAUCAUCAGCCGUAUCCUGAUCAUCCAGAGAGAUUUGAGCAGCAUGAGCAGGUUUUGUGUGGAGAGAAUCUAACUGAACGCUGUUACUGGGAGGUUGAAUGGAGUGGAUGGGCUUAUAUAGCAGUGACAUAUAAAGCAAUCAACAGGAAAGGAGGAAGUGAAUCUUGGUUUGGAUACAAUGACAAAUCCUGGAGUCUGUACUGCACUGAAAACAGAUACUCUGCCUGGAAUGAUAAUAAGAAAACUGACAUACCAGCCCCUUCAUCCUCUAAUAGAGUAGGAGUGUAUGUGGAUGUGUCAGCUGGCACUCUGUCCUUCUACAGCGUCUCUGACACACACACACUCACACACUUACACACAUUCAACACCACAUUCACUGAACCCCUCUAUGCUGGAUUCAGAGUAUUUAAAUCAUCAUUGUCUCUAUGUCAGAUUAAAUAAUCUGCUGUGAGAAACAACUGAGACAUCACAA